GGCAUGGUGGCUUGGUCAGGAGUGACAUAUUUCAUCUCUGUGGUUGCCGCCGCCACGCAACAAGACGAAUCGUGCGCCAUGUCGCUUUCAAUGCCAAAGAUCAUGUACGGAACUGCGUGGAAGAAGGAACGCACGGCAGAACUAGUGGUCCAGGCGGUGCAAGCUGGGUUUCGAGGCAUCGACACGGCGUGUCAGCCCAAGCACUACUUUGAACAGGGUGUUGGGGACGCGUUAGCACAACUGUACGCGUCGGGCAAGGUGACUCGAGACCAAAUCUUCCUCCAGACCAAAUUCACGUCGUUGAACGGACAAGAUGUCAAGCAGCCCCUGCCGUACGACUCGACUGCGCCGCUCGGCGAACAAGUACACCAGUCGUUUGCUACCUCCAUGCGCAAUUUGCAAACAACCUACGUGGACUCGUUGGUGCUCCAUGGCCCACUGUCGACCCACGAGCAGACCAUGGAAGUGUGGCGAGCCAUGGAGCAGCUCCAUCGCGACGGGAAAGCGCGGCGAAUCGGCAUCUCUAACAUGUACUCCCCCCAGGAAUUCUCCCGACUUUUCCACGAGGCCAGUGUGCCGCCGUCGGUGCUCCAGAAUCGUUUCUAUGCCGACACAGGGUACGAUACUGAGUUGCGCCAAUUUUGUCGCGAACACAACGUCCAGUACCAGAGCUUCUGGACGCUGACAGGCAACCCCAAGCUCGUGCACGGACCGCAAGUCGCAGCCAUUGCUGCCCGCGUAGGCGCUACACACGAACAAGUAUGGUAUCGAUUCGUGAUGGCUUUAGGUAUUGUGCCAUUGUCCGGUACCACCAGCAAACAGCACAUGGCCGAAGACGUCGCUGUGGAACUGGUGUCGCUCACCAAGGACGACGUCACCACGUUGGCCCGCCUUAUCGGUGACGAGUUGUGAGAAACGUGAUGCUUGGUGCAGUGUAAUAAUUCAGUAUAAGUGUGUGUUCCAACGUAACGUUAGCUUGUAGUGUGC